AUGUCCACCGUUCUGAUAGCCCUGAUUCUGUCCGAUCUGUCAGCCCGCCUCGCAGCCCGUCGAGCUCGACAAAUGGACGUCCGACUAUCUGCUGCCGCCGCUAAGGGAGUCUCUGUCCAAGAAGAAACGGAUCAGAGGUCCCAUUUGAUGAUUCUAUCUGUUACCCUAGAAUUGGGAAGCAAGACGCUCCCGACUUACUCCAUGACCGAUACCGGAGCCGAAGGAAAAGGCUUCGUAGACCAGAGCUGGGCCGCGAGCCACGAGCUACCCCUGAAGAAACUAAAGAAACCAUUCGGAUUAGAAGUGUUCGAUGGAAGAGACGCCGAGAGUGGAAUAAUCACCCAUUAUAUCGAGACCCGACUAAGAACUGAAGACCAUUGCGAAAAGAUCAAGCUCUUCAUGACCCAACUGGCCCAUUACCCCGUUAUUCUAGGAAUGCCCUGGCUAAAGAAGCACGACCCGAAGAUUGGAUUUGCGAGCCAUACCUUCACUUUUGACAGCGAAUACUGCCGGAAACACUGCAAUACUCCCGCCCGCCCGACAAAGAUCCGAGCAUUGCAUGACGUCCCUGCCAAGGCCCAACCGCAUAACUUGCCUCCCUGA